UCAGGCAUCAAGAAGAAGUCGAAAGUCCCCGGUGUCAUGAUAACACAGUUUCUGGAGGAACUUCCAGAGGGGAUGACAACUCCAGAUUUCACCCGCAAACCCAUCGCUCUGACUAUUCAAGAGGGCAAGUUUGCGGUCUUUAAGGCCAAAAUAGUGGGCAACCCAGCACCUGUGGUAACAUGGAGCAGAGCAAAUGGAGAAAUACAUUUUCACCAGGACGUGUGCGUGCAAAAGUAUGACGAGACAUCUCAAGAACAUACCAUUGAGUUCCCUAAGGUUGCUGAAGAGGAUGCUGACACCUACAAGUGUUUUGCAACAAAUGAAUAUGGAAAGGCUGUUUGCACGGUUGUCUUGAAUGUUAUUUCGGUUGGAUUUUCUAAGACCAAGGAACUUCAAAAGACACAAGUAGAAGUAAUCCUGAUGGAACGCGUGAGGAAAAGCCUAUGGAGCCAGAGGAGAAGGUCUGGGAAAUUCUCAUGA